UUUAUUUUGUUGCUCGUAGCGGGGCUUCUGUGCGCCAUGCGCUUUGGAUUGGAGCAUCUACUGCCACUGCUGCUGCCGCUGCCUCUCCUCUGGAUCCACCAAGCUCUGGCCUCCAAUGCCGAAGGAAAUGCGCUCGCGGAGCUCAAGAGCAAGCUGUGGGAUCCCAAGAAUGCGUUGAGAUCUUGGGAUGCAAACCUCGUCAAUCCUUGCAGCUGGCUCUAUGUCGACUGCGACAGCCAGCAGCGUGUCAUCACAGUAAUGUUGGAGAAGCAAGGCCUCUCGGGGACUCUCUCGCCAGCACUUGCGGAUUUGCCCAAUCUGCAAAACCUAAGGAUGAAAGGGAAUUUGAUCUCGGGUUCUCUUCCGCCACAACUGGGAACACUGCAAGGUUUACUGAAUCUUGACUUGUCUGCGAACAACUUCACUGGAAGCAUUCCGUCAACGCUCACCAAUCUUACGAGCUUAAGAACCUUGCUUCUAAACAACAACAGCCUGACCGGAAGCAUCCCUUCUACGCUCACUCUCAUAUCCAGCUUGCAGUUUCUAGACGUCUCGUAUAACAACUUGAGUGGACCACUCCCACCCAAAGGGACGAUCAGUGAGUUCAACUUGCUAGGGAAUCCAGAUCUCUGUGGUACUAAGGUAGGAACGCCUUGCCCGGAGUCGAUUCUUCCGAGCUCUAGAAGACGUGGGCUUAACAUUGGAGCUAUCAUUGGUGGCAUUGCUGCGGGGGCUCUGUUUUUACUGCUCUGUCCCUUACUGGCUGUCAUUGUGUGGAGAAAGCACCGUGGGCCAAAAGAGGUGUUUUUUGACGUUGCUGCGGAAAAUGAUCCUCAUGCCACCUUUGGACAACUUAGGAAGUUUACUCUCAGGGAACUCCAAAUUGCAACAGACAAUUUCAGCGACAAGAACGUCCUGGGACAGGGAGGAUUUGGGAAAGUGUACAAAGGCAGUUUGGAAAACGGCAAACUCGUUGCCGUUAAGCGCCUAAGAACAGACCAGAAUAUUUCAGCUGGAGGAGAACAGGCAUUUCAGACUGAAGUUGAGAUCAUCGGCUUGGCAGUCCACCGCAACCUGCUUCGCCUUGACGGAUUUUGCAUCACUCCUUCGGAGCGGAUCUUAGUCUACCCGUUUAUGCCCAACGGGAGCGUUGCUUCCCGCUUGCAUGACACCACGGGGAGCAAAACGUUGGAUUGGGAAACGAGGAAGCAAAUCGCUCUGGGUGCUGCUCACGGUCUCCGUUACCUUCACGUACACUGUAGCCCCCGGAUCAUUCACCGUGACGUGAAAGCUGCGAACGUUCUACUGGACAAAGAUUUCCAGGCGGUGGUGGGCGAUUUCGGUCUUGCAAAGCUCAUUGACACCAAGAACACACACAUCACCACCAACGUCCGAGGGACUCCCGGCCACAUUGCUCCGGAGUAUCUGUCCACAGGCAAGUCGUCGGAGAAGACGGACGUGUUUGGAUAUGGAGUUUUGAUGCUGGAGCUUAUAACGGGGAAGCGGGCUUUCGAUCUAGCCAGGCUGUUUGACGAUGACGACGUGAUGCUUCUCGACUGGGUGAAGAGAUUCCAGCAGGAAGGUAGACUGAGUGAGCUCGUGGAUCCCAAGCUGAGGCACUCGUACCAGCCAAACGAAGUUGAGAAACUCACCCAGAUUGCUCUGCUCUGCACCCAAGCGUCUCCCAGCGACCGUCCAAAGAUGGUGGAGGUCGUGUCGAUGCUGGAAGGGGACGGCCUCGCCGAGAGGUGGGAAGAGUGGCAAAAGGUUCAGGUGCUGAGAAGAGAAGAGGUGGAUGUUGGCCACAAGCAGCUGGACGAGUGGAUGAUGAUUCAGGGAGAUUCCUCCAACUUGGAAGCGAUUGAGCUCUCGGGUGCGAGAUAGAAUCCAGUUACGUUCUCCCAAGUUGAUCUCUUCAUCAUGUAAAAAGGACGACAUCGAGAUACAGAUUGCAGGAAUCAUAUAAUAGAUGAUUU